AUGAGUCAACAACAUUACAUUUCCUGGGCUGUAGUACUUUUUCUUGCCAUUCAAUUUGGCGCCAUGUCAGUGAUAGCAGUGAUUGGAUGUGCUGCAGAGGCAAAUUUCCAGGCUUGUAAAUCAAUCGAGGAAAGUCUUUUACAUGGAUGUGGACCAGUUGACUAUGCUUGUCAAUGUAAUGCUCAGAAACUCAUUCGCCAAUGUUACGAUCUCUGCCCUGAAUACAGUGUAGAUGCAAACGAACAAGCUCGAGUUGCAACUGGUAUCUGUGCUGCUGUUCCUACACCUUCCAUUGCACCAUUGCCCUCUGGCCCUCUUGUUCCUAGCCAAGCAUCUGCAACUUGGGCUGCACCAACCACAGCGGGAUCAACAACAGCACCUUCUGCUAGCCAAUCAGUCAAAUCUUCAUUUGGUAAUCGUGUGCUUCCUGUUGGUCAGUUCGCCGUUGUGAUCACCAUGGUGGCCAUUGCAUUGACUGUCUACCUUUAA